AUGUCGCGCAUUGUCGGGAAGUCCAGCAUGCAUCGGCAGGAAUAUGUGCGUACACAGGAACGGUCUGAAAGUUGUGGCAUUACAAAGGAGAAGUGGACUGUGGAAGAGCUGCAGAUUUUCAAGCAUCCAUCAUUUAUCUCAACUAUGGAGAUGUCCCUGAAGCAGCAACAAUUGUACAUUGGUUCCAAAGAUGGAUUGGUUCAGCUCUCCCUGCACAGAUGUCACACGUAUGGGAAGGCUUGUGCAGACUGCUGCCUUGCCAGAGACCCAUACUGCGCUUGGGAUGGAAACUCAUGUUCCAGAUAUGCACCAACUUCUAAAAGGCGAGCCAGGAGGCAAGAUGUCAGAUAUGGAGACCCAGUCACCCAGUGCUGGGAUGUGGAAGAAAGCAUUAGUCAUGAAACUGCUGAUGAAAAGGUGAUUUUUGGCAUUGAAUUUAAUUCAACUUUUCUGGAAUGCAUUCCUAAGUCCCAGCAAGCCUCUAUUAGGUGGUAUAUUCAACGCUUUGGAGAAGAACAUCGAGAAGAGCUGAAGGCUGACGAGAGAAUCAUCAAAACGGAAUACAGGCUGCUGAUCCGCAGCCUGCAAAGAAAGGACACAGGGGCGUAUUACUGCAAAGCACAGGAGCACACGUUCAUUCACACCAUCGUGAAGUUAAAUUUGAACGUCAUAGAGAACGGGCACAUGGAAAGCACUCAGAAAACGGAGGACAAAGACAGAUGGAUGAGAGAUUUGCUUACUGAGUCGUGGCUGAGGUACAAGGAUUACAUCCAACUCGUCAGCAGCCCCAGCUUCAGCCUGGAUGAGUAUUGUGAACAGAUGUGGCACUGGGAGAAGCGGCGGCAGUGGAACAAAGGUGGGGCAAAAUGGAAGCACAUGCAGGAGAUGAAGAAAAAGCGAAAUCGAAGGCACCAUGAACCUGUCAGCAGCCCACAUGCCAGGCCUACAUCUAUGUAG